UCCAAAAAGGCAGCUAAGCCAGCCAAAAAGGAGACUCCCUAUCAGAGAAAAAUGCAUUUACUUCAAAAAGCUUAUUUCUAUUUAAAUCAGAAUAAGCAAGUAGGGAAUAUUCUGAAAACCCACCUUGAUUUUGCAGCCCAAGAGAUGAUUCAAGAAGUCAACCUGCAAAACUCAGCUGAAACAAAGAUUGACAUGAACAACAUCAUGAAAUUUGGAGAAACUAUAAAGAUGAAUAAUCUUUUCCCUGAUGAGACCUCCCAGAGUUAUGACUUGAUGAAGAAUUAUGAGCGGAUCAAGACUCUUCACAAAGAAUAUGGGUUAUAAUCAAGAACAAAAAUCGUCAGAAAAUAUUAGAGAUAUCAACUAAUGAAGAUAAGUUUGAUGUUCCACUAGAAAUGAGAGAAAAGGAUUUCAUUGAAUACAGAAAACUCCAGGCUGAAGAGAAUUGUCUCAAAUAUGUCAUGGACAGAGAUGGCAAAAUUGAAAAUAGCCAUAAAAGUAAUAUGGAUCAUACAGAACUUGCUCGGGAGAUUAUAGAGCCGAGGUUCAAGAUGUUCAUAGAGCAUUGUAAGAUAAACCACCUUAAGACAUUCAAGGAUAACAUUAAUAUGUUUAACACCCACUAAAUCCCUCAGGAUAGCUCGAAAGUCUAUGAACCCCCAUAACUAAAAAGAUGUAAAUUUAAAGUUUU